GAAUGAUGUUGUAGUAUUUGUUGUUGAUCGACAAAUGUUCUUCAUUCAUAUGUUUUGUAGUUAUGGGCUUAUGACCAUCUGCUUAUGUGGUCCCAAAAGGGUCGAUGUUUGUCAACCAAAUUCCCACGUGUUUUGCAUUGGAUGAAUGUGAAAGUGGGCGAUUUUGUCAUCAGUCGAAGUUUCAAUAAGAAUUUGGUUGUUUUUGAUGUAGUUGCCUCACCAGAAGAGUUUGGUUAUGUAAUUGUUAGAGAAGCUUUUGAAGCCUUUGGUCGUGGUUUUUCUGAGAAGACAGACGUGACAAACAACGAUGGGUUAGAACUUGCGGUAGAUCAACAAGAACAGCUCAUUGAUGAACUAGAAGCUCAAUUGAAGGAAUUGAAAAGGCAUAUUAUCGAUAGGACAGGUGAAUUUAAUGAGGGAUCUGGAGGGUGUUCCCAUCCAAGUCAUGAGUAUUUUGAUGACAUAAUUGGCGAUGGUGUUGCGGAUGUCAACGGUUGUUGCAGUGCUCAACACAGUUAUUCCGUUUUUGGUAAAGACAUGGACCAUGAUGAGGAAGUUCAAAAAGCAGCAGAGUUUGAUAAUGAAGACACAAAUGAAUAUGAAGAAAGCAAUAUGUAUGAUCGAAUGAAGCAUCAACCACGAUUACGUUUGAAGAGUGCAAGAAUUCGAACCCUAUUUGCCACAUAUCAGAGACGAAAGUUUCGUAAAUAGAUGUGUGUACUUGUUUUUUUGAAAUUUGUGGAGAAAAUAGUUGAUGUAUUUAUGUUAUUAUGACAUUGCAAGACCUUGUUAUCGGACAUCAUUUAGAGC